CACUUGACAUUUAUCUGAAGCAGAACGAAAUUGUUGUAUUUGUAUUUUAUCAUGUCCUGAAAAUUAAAAUAAAUAAAACAGAAUCAAAAAGUUAUAUUUGGUAAGGUACUUGCACAAAGAAAUAAAUCGAGUGCAAUGGAAGCAGUUUCUUUGUUCAUUAUCGUGUAGUGUUAGUGCCGAAACAACAAAUAAAUUAGAACGUUCAAUAUAAACUUUUCUCACGCCAAUGAAGUAGAGUUAUACAUCAUAAAUAUACAAAGAAAAAUAAUUUAAAAUGUCUGAGUACGAUCUUCAGUUCCAAGAGGAUUUAGAAAAGGCUCAGGCAUUAAGUUUAGAAAGUCUGGCAUUGGAACAGUUUCGAAGGCAGAAGCAGUUAGCUACUUCAGGUGUAGAUAAUGGGAGGGAUACAGGUGGCAGUAGUGUAAGACGCAAAGAGGAAACCGACGGACCUCCGCCGGCGUUGCCUCCACCGCCGAGAAAACCGCCUCGCCGAACUAAUAGCUCUGAGAGUUCUAGGUCAACAGGAACUAGUCCAACACGCUCUGACACAAGUGAUUUGAUAUCAUUCGCUAGUCCCACCAGCAAGAGUGCGCCAAAAGAUUCUCAUGCUUCUCUUAAAGAAUACAUCGACCAGAUAUCCAAACUGGGUCAACAGACUGAAGAACUCACGAUAAACACACCAGAUCAGUCCACUACAAUGAACAACCAGUAUAACCAAAGGCCGGGGUACAAUUAUGGCCCACAAUAUCCUUACCACCACUACCCUCCUCCUUACAUGCAAAUGCCACCAUAUCCUCCCACGCCAUAUGUUAUGCCUCAUCCUAUAACCAAUCAUCCAUACUACCCAACUGGUCCACAAGAACAUCCACCACCAUACAUGCCACAAUCUCCUAUGUAUGCACCUUCAAUACCAUAUUCUCAAACUAGAAUGGCCACACCAUCUCCCUACAUUCCAUAUCCACCCCAAGCGCAAUACAACUACAAUACAACAAAUAUGAUAUCCAGACCAACUCGCCCAGCAACCCUGUACCCUCAGUUGAGUCAGCUGCACACAUACCCAACUAUGCCACAAAAUACAGCACAAAAUAAACCGGAAAAGAUUGACAACAACAACAUAACGCAAGUUGUAAAGAUUGAUCCGAAGGUGGAACCCAAGUCGCGGAAAUCCUCAGAAGUUAGUGUUGAAUCAAACGAGUCAGCAGAUACUGUGGCCAGCCUGCCAAAGAGCAGCAACCUGAUCGACUUUGGACGCAAGCCGCAAGGUAGCGUAAGAGUCAGUGUGUUGGAGGCGUUUGACCCGCUUUUAACUGAUCAGUCGGAGUACGCAGUAGGUAGCGAGAAUUCGAGCGUGCGCAGCGUGUACGAGGACUACGAUCCGCUAGACUUCCUCUACGGCGAGACGGAGUUACGAGAAGCGCCCGUGUACGGCACAGUGCGGAAGGAGGGCCCGGUGCUGCCCUCACCACCUCCGAAGACGAUACCCAGUGUGCCGGCGGUUGCUAAGCGACAGACUACCAAUAAACUCUACGACUGUAUAGAGAAAAUACGAACCAGAAAUUAUGAUAGCGAGCACAAAGCCUUUAUGAAAAUGGUCCUCGACGUAAGAAAAAAGUUCGUCUACACGGACGAAAAGACAAACCCCGGUCAUGUAGUAGCGGCCAGGUCGGGCGGCAAAUAUCCACCAAACACCAGCAUAAAGAUUCUAGUCCAUAACUCGCACACUGAUGAACCUAUCACGUUCACUUCCGAUGUUGAAUCAACAGUUGAACAUGUUAUAUUAACUGUGGUUUGCUCACUGGAUGAAGAUAUUAGAGAUGACAUGUCCGGUUACAUGCUAAGGGUAUGGGGCGCCAAAGAGUACCUCACACCGGGCAGUUCCCUCAGCGAAUACGACUACAUACGCGAGUGCGUGCGGCUCGAGAAGGACGUCCGCCUGUUCCUGCACGAGGGACGGGACACUUCGUUGGCCAGGACUGACGUGGAUGACGCGAGAGAUGCCCAUCUUACCCUGGAUGACCUGAUGCCGGUGCAGGGCGCCCCGCAAACUCUGAGCUUCGACAACCUGUCGAUUUUGUUAGAAACGCUGGAAGGCGAAUUAUCCCGGGCGAUAGGUGUGGUGGGGGCAGAGGGCUGCUGUUCCCCCAACGGCGUGUUCCAAGCGGUCAAGGCGAUCUGCGCGCUCGCGGGCGGCGUCGAGACGCUGCACGUCACGCACACGCUCAAUGCGUUCGCGCAGGCGUGCACCGCGCAGGUGACGGGCGCCGUGCGUCCCGAGAUCCAAUCGGACAACGGGCCGUACUGCGCGGUGUCGGUGCGCGCGGCGAGCGCGCGCGAGGCGCUGGCGCAGCAGUGCGCGCGCGUGCGCGACGCCGUGCGCGGCCUGCUCGCGCUCUACACCAGGACGCACCUGCUCGACUUCCGCCUGCGCGACUCGCCGAUACUCUUGCCGGAUCCCGCUAAAGCGGUACCCGCCCACACUAUAACGGAAACGGUGCUGUUCUGCAUCGAGGCAGUCCACAAUUUGCCAAUGUGUUGGAACCACGACGAGUUUUUAUUCCACGCUCAAAUAUACUACGGAACGAGACCUUUGAAGACCCUACAUCUAACGCAUACUUCGAGAAUUGAAAAUGGGGGAUUCUAUCCUAGAAUUAUAUUUGAUAUAUGGAUAAACAUGGAAGACAUGCCGAUCCACAUGGUUCCGCGUGAGGCCCGUCUGGUGCUCACACUGUACGGGCGCACGGAGCGCAAGGAGCACGAGGCGAGCGCGACGGAGCCGAGCGAGGACGGCCAGCGCGGCGCCGCCGACGGCGACGUGCUGUUCGAGCAGCACGAGCUCGGCUGGGCGGCCGUGCAGAUGUUUGACUAUGAUGGUAUGCUAGCAUCCGGCAGCUACAUAGUGAGCCUGUGGCCGAGCGCGUGCGACCGGCGGCUGGGCCCGGCGCCGCACGCCGCGCACGCGCCGCCGCUGCCCUGCCCCACGCUUAAUAUCGAAAUUCCCUCAUACAAUCGGCUGGGUGUAAAGUGGAUGGAAGCCGAGGAGAAACCCAUCGCAGUGGAAGAUUUGCCAUCGUUCGAUUCACUCGAUGGUCACACGCAGUCGCAGUUGUUGCAUCUGAUAGAACAGGGAGCCUAUCAGAGGAUGCCGACUGAGUGUAGGGAGAUCCUAUGGGAGAAGCGCCAAUAUCUGGUGGAGCUCCCCGGAGCGAUGCCGCUGGUGCUGCUGGCGGCGACCAAUUGGUACGGCGAGCACCGCCAGCAGCUCGUAUCGCUGCUGCAGCUGUGGGAGCGGCCGUCGCCGUUGAACGCCAUGCACCUGCUGCUGCCCUGUUUCCCAGAUUUAGCGGUCCGCAAGUUAGCCAGUGAAAUGGUACAGGACAUGUCUGAUGAUGAACUUAUGCGGGUGUUGCCGCAGUUGGCGCAGGCUCUGCGCUAUGAGACUUACGAGUGUAGUGCUUUGGCUGAGGUGUUGCUGUCAAGAGCGCUCAGUUCUCCGGCAGUUGCGCACAAGCUGUUUUGGCUUUUAGUACAUUCCUUGCCGAAUGUACCACAGGCGGCCAGCGACGAGUUCCUCGGCAUCACGCUGGAGGAGAACGGCGCGGAGAGCGGCGAGCUGGACGCGGGCGCGGCGGGCGCGGGCCGCUACCGGCUGCUGCUGCGCGCGCUGCUGGCCGCCGCCGGCGCCGCGCUGCGCGACACGCUGCUGCGCCAGCAGGUGCUCGUCAAGAAUGUAUCCGAAGUGGCGAUGUCCGUGAAGUGUGCGAAAGAAAACUUACGACAGCGUGCUCUGUACAUGGGCGGGGAGAAACUUGCCGCGUGCUUGCGGCGACAGCCUUCCGCUUUGCCGUUCGCUUUGCAUCGAUAUGUGCAUGAUAUUGAUAUCAAGUCAUGUUCAUAUUUCUCGUCGAACACACUACCGUUAAAGAUAAACUUUAUCGGUGUCGACAACGCCGUCGUACCUGCUAUGUUUAAGGUAGGCGAUGAUUUAAGGCAAGACGCGUUAGUGUUGCAAGUUAUUAAAGUAAUGGACAGUCUGUGGUUGAAAUCUGGACUCGAUCUUCGCAUUGUGACUUUCCAAGCACUGCCUACUAGUAAUAAAAGAGGUAUGAUAGAAAUAGUAUCGGAAGCGGAAACACUCAGAGCCAUACAGACUGAGUGGGGCCUGACAGGCUCGUUCAAAGACAAGCCCAUAGCCGAGUGGCUCGCUAAACACAACCCAUCGGAGUUGGAGUACCAACGGGCAAGGGAUAAUUUCACUGCAUCAUGUGCUGGCUACAGCGUUGCCACAUAUCUCCUGGGUAUUUGCGAUCGACACAACGACAAUAUAAUGCUGAAGACAUCUGGCCAUCUUUUCCACAUCGACUUUGGAAAGUUUUUAGGCGACGCUCAAAUGUUUGGUAACUUCAAACGCGACCGCGCCCCAUUCGUGCUGACGCACGACAUGGCGUACGUCAUCAACGGCGGCGACAGGCCCACGCAGCGCUUCCAGCACUUCGUGGAGCUGUGCUGCAUGGCCUUCAACGUGGUGCGGGCGCAUCACGACCACAUACUCGACCUGUUCGCGCUGAUGGCAAUGUCGGGCGUGUCGGGCGUGACGAGCGCGGCGGUGAACUACGUGCGCAGCGCGCUGCUGCCCGCCGCCACCAACGCGGAGGCGGCCGCCGCCUUCGCCCGCCUCAUACACUCCUCGCUCAAGAGCAAAUUUACUCCAAUUAACUUCUUCCUACACAACCUGGCGCAGUUGCGAGCGAGCGGAGACCAAAACAGUAGUUCAUCUGAAUUGCUCUCUUUCAUGCCGCGAACUUACACAAUGUCGCAAGAGGGGCGCAUAAUCCGCGUGGAGUGCCUCAGCUACGAGAAGCGCUACGACCCGGAGAAGCACUACGUGUACGCGCUGCGCGUGCACCGGCUCGGGCAGGCCACGCCCGCGAUCGUGUACCGCUCCUACAAGCACUUCACCGAGCUGUACCAGAAGAUAUGCCUGCACUUCCCGCUCGCUAAAGUGCACAGUCUACCGUCCGGGCUGCACGUGGGCCGCUCGAACGUGCGGCAGGUGGCCGAGCGGCGGUUCGGCGACGUGCAGGCGUUCCUCGCGUCGCUGUUCGGGCUCGCCGACGAGAUCGCGCACUCGGACCUCGUGUACACGUUCUUCCACCCGCUGCUGCGCGACCAGCAGGACGUCGAGCCGCAGCGGAUGAGGCCCGGCGAGACGUCGGAGCCGGAGAGCAGCGGGUCGGGCUCGCUGAAGCUGUCGGUGCAGCACGCGGGCGGCGUGCUCUCCGUGCUCAUCCUGCACGCGCAGUCGCUCGCCGCCACGCCGCAGGGCCUGCCGCCCAACCCCUACGUCAAGGUGUACCUCGUGCCGGACCCGACCAAAGAGACGAAGCGCAAAACACGCGUGCUCAAACGUAACUCUCACCCAUCCUUCAUGGAGAUGCUCGAAUACCGCUUGCCCCUCGAAGUGGUGAAGACCAGAAGCCUGCAAGCCACCGUGUGGCACUACGACUCGCUGCAAGAGAACCAGUUCCUGGGCGGUGUGGUCAUUCCCUUGGGGUCUUUGCCGCUGAAGCAGGAAACCGUGGCCUGGUACCCCCUGGAGUACAUACCGCGGUAGCUAGUGCUGGCCCGCUCCGCCAUUUGGAGCACUGACUUUUGUAUCAAGUAGUGUCGGUAUUUGUGAUGUGUAUGUAUGGAGAAUUUGCCGCUGCACCAAGACUUUGUAGCCUGGUACCCCCCGGAUUAUACCGGAGUAGUGUUGUAUGUGAUGGUGUAGUUAAUAUGGAACUAAUGUGGCCUGAUUAUCAGUUCAUCAGCUAGUUGGAACUAGUGUGGCCUAAGUAUGGUAUUCAAUUAGGGGACUUGGUUAUUACGUCUAUAGAGUUACAUAGGGUGAUAGAUAUCCUUAAUGAAUGUGGGUCAUAUCAGAAAUGCUUUGUACAUCUAUUUAAUGUUUUAUUUUAAAAUCAAUUAAUCAUGUAGAAUAUAAAUGCAAUCAUUUAUAUAAUAACCAUUUAUUAUAAUAUCAAACGGCUGUAUUCAGCUUUAGGCAUUUUACGUGGUAAUAAUGGGACGGACAAUAAAAAUAUAAAUAAUGUAAAAUGAUUCGACCAAGAUCAUCACUUGUACACAAAACACAACUUGGCUGGUUUCAGCAGAGCUCCUCUGCCUAAUAUAAACUUAUGAUUGGUGUUAUUUCAUAUAUCUAUACACAAUAACAAUAUUAAUAAGAAGAGUCUGUUUGUUUGAAUGCGCUAAUCUCAGGGUUUCAAAUAUUCUCUCACCGUUGUUUAUGUACGUGAUCCCUAAAUGCUAUAUAUCAAGUACCACGAGCAAAGCCGGGUGCAACGAUAUUAAUGUUUGUUUGUCCAUCUUUCUACAAUACACUAUAUCACAGUCACUAUAGCUCAUUUUUAUUCAGACUUAAAAGCGGUGAUUUAUUAGAGUAAUUCCUCUGAUAUUUAUAGGUUAAAUAAAUGUAAAAAUGUAUGUAGUAUAAUCUGUAUCAAAUGUAUUAGUGCCAACAUAAUUUAUCUCAAUAAAAUAUCUUGCUUUCUAUUGUAUACCUAAUUAUAUUAUGAUAACUGUAUACAAAAUUCUUUAUAAAACUUUAUUAAUUAAAACAAUAUUAUUUUGCUGCAAUUACAAUGACUAUAUAAUGGUGCUUGAAUGAAUAAAAUGUUGGGAGCCGUUAUUUUUUUUAUAAAAUGUAUAUACAUUUUAUCCUUAGCUACAUAUCAUUUUGGUCAAAUGCUUUCGUUGCUUACAAAUAUAACAUUCCAAUGAAUUCUUCAUUUAGCUUAACAUUAUUGGUGCUUCAUAUACACACUUACAAUUCAUUGAAAGUUAAGAAUUUUAGUAUUUAUAUAUAAAAAUAUUUAUUAUCACCGAUAAAAAAAUGAUUAUCUUCAAAAUUAAAAAGUGGAUAUAAAUGAUACAUUUUAUUGAAUAAAAACAUUCAUUAUUAUAUAAUAUCAAUUUACUCACAGUCUUAUUGUUCCAAAAAUAUUCCUGUUUCAUUCCAAUGUAUGAAUAAAAAGUGUGAUGGAACAUCGGAAUGAGUUUUUUAUUGUUAUUUUUAUACUAAAACUUAUUACGUACAUAAUAUUAAUUUUAGAUAAAUUUUUCAUGAAUCAGUUUUGAAUCAUGUAUAUCUUAACAUUUAUAAUAAAACUAUAAGCUUUUAGUGUCCGAAUUUAUUGGUUUUUUGAUAUAUAUAAAAAUAUAGUAAAUUCGGUAAUUCAACACGGCCUCCGGUUAUUGGCACAGUGAAAGGUACAUUGCUGUUCGUAUAAGCAUAUCAAUGCAAUUUUUUAUAAUCAUUCUUCGUAUACAAGCAAUGUACUUCGGAUUGAUAAGUUGAAAUGUUUUGAGAUCUGAAUGUUAUAUAAAGUUGGGUGUGUCUAGCAGCUAAUCUAUGUUAUAAAUAUAUCUUUAAUAUUUUUAGAGGAUUUAUUUAUUGUGAAACUUAGCGAAUAAACAAGCGCAUAAUAUCGAUAUUAUUCUUAACGUGUCUAAAUUUCGAUGUACCUAAUAUGAAAUAUAUUUAAACAGUAUUUAAGGGCUUGCUGCUAUUAUGAUAUUGCAAACUAGAAAUGAUGAACAUUAAAUUCAAAUUAUUACUAAACUAUUCAUAAGUUAUUAGCAAUUACUAAUAAUUAUAGUACGUAUAAACAAUAUCAGAUGUUUAUUAUUAAUAGUCCUAUCAUAUAUUAAUGAAUGUUCUUCAUUUCUAUCUAGCUAUGUAAUGCUUCCAGUAUUUGCUCAAAUUGUGUAAGCAAUUAGAGCUUGGACUGAUAACCAACCUGUAUAUAACGGUUUAGAUAGAUUUUGUACGAGCAUUUGGAAAGUCGCUUGGCAGAUGAUAACGGAUAUGUUGCAUUUUAUUAUAUGUUCAAUAAAGUAUGCGAUGUGUA